AUGCUCCCAGCGACUACUUGUAUGUACCUGAAGGGCUUGAGAGCAGGCGGGAUCUCCUCGCCAGUGGACGAAGAGAAAGGGCGUUCAUGCCCGUCAUGGCCGCUUGAGCGCCUCGAACUCCGGGGAGGCAGAAAGGAGGGGGGAGGGAAAGGGGACGGGUGGGAGGGGGGGGGGAAGGAGGGGGAGGAGGAAGAGGAGGAGGAGGAGGAGGAGGAGGAGGAGGAGGAGGAGGAGGAGGAGGAGGAGGAGGAGGAGGAGGAGGAGGAGGAGGAGGAGGAGGAGGAGGAGGAGGAGGAGGAGGAGGAGGAGGAGGAGGAGGAGGAGGAGGAGGAGGAGGAGGAGGAGGAGGAGGAGGAGGAGGAGGAGGAGGAGGAGGAGUGA